AUGUUGGAAAAGCUCGCCGAGGGGCGCGCAGUAUUCGAGCGCAAGCGGCAUCGAAAAGAGCAGAAGCGGGGUGAAAGGAGGUCUUGUUUGGAGAAAUGGCGCUGUUAUGGGGGAUCAGAGAGUUCAGACGACGAGGGAGCGACGAAAUUCCGCACGAAACGGAUGGAGUCGCCGUCUUCUGAGAAGAAACCCCAAGGUAAAAAAGAAGGCCGAAAGCAGCAAGCAACACUUCAGAGUUACUCGCGCUGCCCUCGUUUCCGAUGA